CCUCCCUCUCUUCUUCCUCUCCUCCUCCUCGGAGGGAGCAGGACCUACCACAAUCAAGAAAUGAACAUUCCCUUCCAGCAUCCCAUGAAACAUUUGUUCUGGAUUACAUAGGCUACCUAUUCCAUCAAAUACCAGCAUGUACAGACCAGGAGAGAAAGUGAAAUGCCAGAUGCGUAUGCAAGGUUCCAGCGUAAGAAGUGUUGAAGUUGCUAGAGGAAGAGCAGGAUAUGGGUUUACUCUUUCUGGUCAAGCUCCCUGUAUUCUUAGCUGUGUUUUAAAAGGAAGCCCUGCUGAUUAUGUGGGACUCAGAGCAGGAGAUAAAAUAUUUGCAAUAAAUGAAAUCAAUGUGAAGAAUGCAUCCCAUGAAGAUGUGGUGAAGUUAAUAGGCAAAUGCUCUGGCGUUUUACACAUGGUCAUUGCUGAAGGGCUUGGCCACAUGGACUCUUGUUCAAGUGAUGAAGAAGUUGGGUUUUAUGAUGGAAAGGGUUGGCUUAAACCAAAGCUUGACUCAAAAGGAAUGGGUAUUAACAGAGCACAGAAGGUUGUUGAGGAAAUGCAGUCUGGUGGGAUUUUCAACAUGAUCUUUGAAAAUUCUAACGUUUGUGCUGGUAAUAUACAGACCUCAACCAGAAAGCAAAUGCCAGUGAAUGAAAUAGCUGCAGGUAAAUUAGAAACACUACCUGAACGUGUAAAUAAUAACUCUAGUGAUUUUUAUAAUGAGGAACUGCCCAAAACCUUGAAUGAUGGUGAUUCACAUUUUAGAACUGGAUUGGAAAACCAGGAGUAUUUUGGAUUAGAUGCAAGCAUUUUAAAUGUGGCCAUGGUUGUAGGCUACCUAGGAUCAAUUGAACUUCCUUAUUCAAGUUCAAAUCUGGAAUAUGAUAGUUUGCAAGCUAUUCGUGGAUGUAUGCGACGUCUUCGGGCAGAACAAAAAAUCCAUUCGUUGGUAGUGAUGAAGAUUAUGCAUGACUGUAUUCAACUCAGCAAUAACAAAUCUGGUGUGAUAGCAGAGUAUCCUGCAGAGAAGCUAGCAUUUAGUGCUAUGUGCCCUGAUGAUAGAAGAUUUUUUGGGUUGGUUACUAUGCAAACUAUUGAUGAUGCAAGUUUGGCACAGGAAGAAGAAACUGUUUUGAGGACAUCAUGUCAUGUGUUUAUGGUGGAUCCAGAACUAUUUCAACAUAAAAUUCACCAAGGACUUGCACGGCGUUUUAGAUUGGAAUGUACAGCAGAUCCAGACACAAAUGGUUGUCUAGAAUUUCCAAUGUCAUCACUACCUGUUCUUCAGUUUGUCUCUGUAUUGUACAGGGAUAUGGGAGAAUUCAUAGAGGGAGUGCGAGCAAGAGCCUUUCUGGAUGGAGAUGCAGAUGUUCAUCAGAAUAACAGUAUGAGUAGUAAUAGUGACAGUGGUAUUGGCAAUUUUAAUCAAGAAGAGAAAAGCAGUAGAGUUUUGGUGGUUGAUCUAGGAACUAGUUCAAAUAAAUAUGUUCCUAGUAGUAUACAGGACAACCCUGUAGGUAGAGGUCAGGCUGUUUCAUCCUGGAAUGUUGAUCAUGAACAAGAAGGAAACUCUGCAUUAGAAGCAAUGUUACAGAAUAAAUCUCAACAGCUAAGUAAAUUCCUUGCUCCUUCAGCUCGCAUUGAAGUUCCAUUAGUUUCUUCCAAAAGCUCAGUUACACCAUCCAAGAAGAAUUCUGUGGACGCUUCCAAUCAAAAAUGGUUGCCAGUUCAUGUAUUAAGAGAUUGGCAACAUGGAUGUAUAAGUGACCAAGAGUCAUACACAGAUUCUACAGAUGGCUGGUCGAGUGUUAACUGUGGAACUCUUCCCCCUCCAAUGAGUAAGAUUCCUGCUGACAGAUACAGAGUUAAUGGGAGCUUUGGUCAGCCUCAUCUAAUAUCACAAAAGAAUGAACUGUCUAAAAAAGGAUUUCAUAUGCAAAACAUGUUUGAAUCUCACCGUGGUGGCAAAAAGGCCAGAGAAGAUAAAAAGUGGACAAAGUUUGGAGCUACAUCUGGAUUGGGACAAUUUACCCUGCGUUCUACUCGAAGAUCAUUUGGAAGGCAGAAGAGAUUCAGCAUUACUCGUUCACUUGAUGAUCUUGAGUCUGCAGCUGUGUCUGAUGGAGAACUAAAUACCACUGAUUUGAAGGACUGUGUCAGUGAUAAUAGCCUCAGCAGUAAUGCCAGUCUCCCAAGUGUCCAAAGCUGCCGACGACAUCGAGAAAGAAGAGUUGCAAGUUGGGCUGUUUCAUUUGAACGACUUCUUCAGGAUCCGGUUGGGGUCCGAUAUUUCUCUGAGUUUCUACGAAAAGAAUUUAGUGAAGAAAAUAUUUUAUUUUGGCAAGCCUGUGAAUAUUUCAACCACAUUUCUGCUCAUGACAAAAAAGAGCUUUCUUUCAGAGCUCGAGAGAUCUUUAAUAAAUUUUUAUGUAGCAAAGCCACAACCCCAGUUAAUAUCGAUAGUCAGGCACAGCUGGCUGAUGAUGUUCUCAAUGCACCGCACCCAGAGAUGUUCAAAGAUCAACAGCUUCAGAUUUUCAACUUGAUGAAGUUUGACAGCUAUACACGUUUUCUGAAAUCUCCAGUAUACCAAGAAUGUAUUUUAGCAGAGGUUGAAGGCCGUCCUGUUCCUGAUCCUCAAUAUGCUUCCAGUAGUCCUACUUCUAAACACAGUUUGGGUUCUGAGUGGUCUACUGCUUCAACACCAAAAAAGCUGGGUGGAAAAUCCAAGUCUGGGAGAUCCUUAAAUGAAGAAUCAGGAGAGGAAGACUCAGAAAGGAAGAAAAGGGGGACCUUUUUUUCCUGGUCCAGAAGCAAGAGUUUGGGGAGAUCUCAGAAGAAAAAGGAAAAUGGUGAUUACCCUAAAGAUUCUGCUCAGCCCAAUGGACUAUCAUACAGACAUGAAUCUCAAGACUCCUUGUCAUCAGCUGCAAGUCUUGAAAUGUUUGAUUCCUUCAGGGCACCUGGAUCUGCAACUGAGAAAGGGAAAUCUUUCAAAUGCUGCAACAUAAACCUUCCAGAUGGUUCAUCGUGUACAAUGACCAUUAAAGCAGGAGUAUCAAUCAAAGAAAUGUUAUUGGGCUUCUGUGAAAAACAAGGCAUUAACAUAGCUGCAGUUGAUCUGUUUUUAGUUGGUGGAGAUAAGCCACUUGUAUUGCAUCAGGACAGUAGCAUUUUGGAAUCUCGAGCUCUUCGUUUAGAAAGAAGAACAUUGUUUCGGCUGGAUCUCAUUCCAAUCAAUAGAUCUGUUGGCCUAAAGGCUAAACCUACUAAACCAGUAACAGAAGUCCUACGGCCAGUGGUUGCGAAAUAUGGUUUAAAUCUUAAUAAUCUUGUGGCAAGGCUAAAUGGUGAGCAGGAACCAUUAGACCUUGGUGUUCCCAUUUCUAAUCUUGAUGGACAGCGUGUUAUCCUAGAAGAAAGGCUACCAAAAAAGGGAAAAGAGCAAGGAAAGGGCACAUCUUUAAAACAUGGUGCAGCUAUAAUUUCUAACGCAGGAAAUCAAGCACCCACAGGAGAGGGAAGAGCUCUAGGAAAAUCUAAUUCUAUUAAAGUAAAAGGAGAAAGUGGAAAAAACUCUAGGGAUUUCCGUCUAGCAAAAAGAGAAGACAAUAUUGCACAGACUGGGGAAAAAAUGUUUCAGAAAAUUAAUUUGGAUGAAGCAGAGGAAUUCUUUGAGCUCGUCUCCAAAGUGCAAAGUAACAGAGCAGAUGACCAGCGAGGGCUGCUGAGAAAAGAAGAUUUGGUUUUGCCUGAGUUUCUUCAUUUGCCUUCCUCUGGAGCAGACCCUUCUUCAUUUAUACUUGCUGGAGCUAAAGGCUCCAGCAAGAAAACUGAACCUCCUGAUGUCAAGGACAUGUAUACACAGCUUGGUGGAAAGGGGGGCUUCAUGAAAAACUAUAGUGAAAGCUCAACUAUGAAAAUCAAUCUUUCAGAAAAUAAACAGAAACCAGCUGUGAUCAGCCAGAAGACUUUCAGCGCACCUUCUGGCGCACCUUUAUCUCCAGUCCUGCCAUUGCAAGAUGCCCCAAUAUGGAAAAGGCAAUCUAAAGAACUGCAGACUGAAUGUGUUCAAACUGUUGAAGAUGAGAAUGUAGCAGACUUGACGCUCGUAGCUGAAGGAGACAUCAACAGCCCAAACAGCACAUUACUGCCACCAUCACCGCCACCACCACCAUCAUCACCCUCUUCAGACAAAAGCACUCUUGAAGGAGCUAAGUAUCCACCUCCAGUUUUACUAACCGAUAAUCAGGAAAAACUUACUUACGAGAAAUUGAAAACAGGUGUGAUCCACAAACAGAAAAGAGAUGUGCGAGUAAGUGGAGCAAACAUUUAUGAACAAAGCUCUAGAAACAAUAAUAGUGACUUUAACCAUGGUCAAGUUAGGAAGAAAACUUUCAGAAAUGAAUUCCCUGUAAAUCACAUAAUAGAUGUAGAUGAUGUUGGAAGAGAAGAUGGUCUGGAAUGGUCUCGUAAUGAAUCAGAGAGCAAUCUCAGUUUUGAAGGCUACGUCUCAGAGCUGAAAUCUUGCCAGGGGAGGUUGCGAACAGGAGUAUACAGGACAUCGGAUCUUCCAUCUCUCGUUGCAGUUAAGAGUGAGAAGAAUGAUGAAAAACAAUGUAAAGCGACAUUUGUCUGAAGCUUUUCUGUGGCUCGUCCCAGCAGUUUUCUUUUCUCCCAGCACAUGGUGAACACUGGUUCUCAUGACACAUGCUUUCCUUCAAGGGGCUGUUCUCUAAAGAUGUCAGCCACAGAUGCUGGUGAAAUGUCAGAAACAAACUCUUAUAGAACAUGGCCACAUAGCCCAAAAACCCCACAAAAAACCGAUAGAUUGUAAGAGACUUCAGCACUCUACUUAUUGCUCCAAGCACAAAUUGCACAGUUCACUCUUAUUGAGAGCAUGUGAAAAUAUCCAAGGGCAAAUCAGUUCCAAAAUUACAAAAUUUACCUGACUUGAUUUGCUAAUCUCACAUUUUAUCAUUGAUGAUGCUGGUAUGAACAGGCUAUAUAAAACCUCUCUGUCUACAGCAGCAAAAUAAUUUCUGUUGUUCCCUCCAUAGCAGAGUUUUAUCAAGCAACCAGGGCCCAGGCUGUAGGGGCCAAUACAAAGUUGUAACAUAAGGCCCUUCCCAUAGACAUAUCACAUAUGAGUUCUGACAGCCAAAUCUACUUUAAGUCUGAAAUUAUACGUUCACUUAUCUGACAUAACUUUGAAAUUUUUCUGUCAUAUUACAAUCAUUACUACAGUACCUUUUUUUGCAGUUUUUUGUUAACAUAACAUACAUCCUGAAGUUUUGUUUAAUGUUCCUGGAUGCUGCAGAGAAGGAGCGCGAAAAUCGCGCUCCUUCCUGGGCCCUGAAAGAGAAGGCGCGAGGCACAUGCUCACGGCGCCACUUCCAGGGCGCGAUGUCAGGACGCUGCACGUUCGCGAUGUCAAAAUGGCGGUGCCCAUCUUUAUAGGGUGUCGCCAUUUUGAUGCACUCAUUAUGCGCGAGGGGCAAGGUGCGUCAGGAAGCAGCCGUCCCUCACAUGUAAUCACGCACGGCGCGAUUACGGCGCAUCAUGGGCCCGUCUGUAACGCGCCAUAGAGCCUCAAGAAGAGUCUUACUAAGCUUGCUGAGUAUUUCAUAACAGUUUGGUUGGUCCUAAUAAAAGUAUUAUCCUGUUGAUGUGUUUAAUUUUUAUUGUAAUGGAUUAAUAUUACUACAAAAAGUUAUAACUGGACUAUUUCACAUAUUACUUGAUUAUCUUUUGAAAGCAUUAGAUUAAAUUCACAAACUUUUUGCAUCCUUAUUUGCCACAGAUACAA